AUUACCAUCGCUAUAGUGAAAAAAUAGUUCACUAGCAACUCCAGCUUCCCCUUAAAAGGAGAAAAAAGAUUGAAAGUGUACAAGCAUUUGUAUUGCUAAGCAGACCGCACUUAUAUACAGUUGCUAAUCAAGAUUUUCGUUUUCUAGACAUUUUAAUAAAUGCAAAUAUCACUUUAUACAAUUGAUGGCGCGGUCCCAUGGAACGCACGAGAGGUUUGAAUUUGAAGGUCGCGGUAUCGUUCGGUGCGCCUAUCAAAGAGAGAGAGUCGCCGUCCUGCCUGUGGAGGUACGCCGUUGCUCGUCGUUCGCGACAGGACUAGUUAUAAUCCGUCGACGUAAACCUGACAUGAACGAUCCACGAAGAUAUUUCAACGAGUCGCGCGAUCGUUCUCGUUCGCCGUGCGAACCUGCGAAUAUCACGUCGGCAUUUCCUUCCAGAACGAUGACAUUUCCGAGCGCUUCCCAGCACACCGCGCCGAACACGUCGCCAGUGUUACUGGAUUCUCCAAUCUUGCGGCGAGGAUCGAGGCUGCGGGAGCCAGCAACGAUGCCCAAGGAAGCGAAAUUGGGGUAUACCUGUGUAAAUGAUCUCGCGAAGCAGGCGAGGGUCAAUUAUGCGGGGAAGGAGACGCGCAGCGUGUACCAGAGGCUUCCCACUAUGCGCCAGAAGUCCGAGAUGGCAAAGAAGGACGACAACGACGAGCCUGCGUAUAUCCCCUUGAAGAGAAGGCAGAACACGGUCGAGUGGCUGAAGAAAACUCAGGAUUACAAGGACGGCAAGUCCAUCUAUUCCACCAGCACGGCAAAGGUCUACACACCGAAUAGCGAUAUUAGCUUGAAAUUACCAGAGACACCGACUGACGAUCCUCUGUACGGCGACAGCGACAACUUUAUAUCGUGCAAUCAAUUGUAUUCUUUAUUGCAAAACAAUAACAGCAGGUAUUUGAUCAUCGACAUCAGGCAGAAGGCUCAUUAUGACGGUUCCAAAAUGACGUUCGACAAGUGCAUCAACAUUCCACAAUCGGAAAUUGAACCAGGAAAGCUGGGCUACAAGUUCGCGAACUGCUUUCAUAAGGACAAGCAGUCACUCGAUUUAUUUAAGCAUCGGUCGGCGCCGUACGUGGACGUAAUAAUCCUGGUGGACUGGAACACUACGCAGGAAACUUUGACGACCAGCAAUUAUCUGAACAUACUGAAGACCAUUUUCGAGAAACGGGGUCCCGGCACAAGGUAUAACAAGAUCAAGAUUCUCAACGGAGGCUACCAAGAGUGGCUAAUGACGUAUCCGACGUUUACAACGAAUUCCAAUGUGGCUGUGCCCGAGUUCAACUACGUCACGGACGAUACUUUAGAUUUCGUUCCGAUUGAAUAUCUGGAUUGGUCACAUUGGGAUGAGGAGAACGAGGGCUCGACGAAAGCGCAAAACAAGCCGAACAACGCGGCGACUGCCGUCGAGGACAUGGAGAUGGAUGCCGCAAACGCGCACCAGUUUGAGAACCCGGACGCGCCAGCUCCUCGGCACAAGGCACCGUCGCAGAACGAGAUCAACGCGAAUCCCGUGAUCGAUCGGAGCAGCACACCGGCCGCGCUGAAGACGUACGAUCCGCGAUGCAAGGAGGUGCCGAGAUUCGUAAAAGAGCUGAACGAGCUGGCGAAAUCCACGUCCAAGUUGGCCGAGGAGCUGUCCAACCAGGCGUACGCGCUCUACUCGCAGCGCGACGAGUACAGCGCCAGGGACGAGCAGUACAUACGCACGGAUCUCAAAUCUCUGAAAGGCAAAUUGGACGAGAUGCACGAGAUGUACCUGACAGUCGAGAAUGAGUUUAACGUGUACUGCAAGGAGGCGGACGCGACCAAAUUCGACCCCGAUGACAACGAGAAGACAAACCUCGAGUUCAAUCACUUUCUGAUGAAAAAGGAAAUUAAAGACGAAAUCGAGGACGAGGAAAUCGAGAACGAUUGGAAGAAGUUGCAGGAAGCUUUUUUUAGGCCUCGGAUCUGGAGCACCGUCACGAUCCCGGGACCAUCCCGGGCCGCACCAGCACCAAGGCCAGUACCAGUCCACCCGCCACCGAUCCGCUGCCAACUCCCUACAGGGGAGCAAGUCGCCGUGCCGUAUUUCACGGCGGUUAAAAGCCGCAAAUUCCGCGCCCGGACCGCGAACGGCCUGUGGGUCCUGCGGUUCGACAGAACCGGCAAGAUGACUUUCUGCCGACACAGAGCGAUCAAAUAAUGAAAAAAAAAAUAAUAAACGUCUUCAUUUUCUCUUUUCGAUGUGUAUAACAGCGCAAAGUUGUGUUAUCUGUUUAUUGUUGAAAUAUAUUGUUUGGUUAUUUUUGCAUACAA